UCAGCGUGGUCGAGAUCGCCUUUGUGAUGCAGGAAAACGAGUGUUUUCAAACAAAGAAUGCAAGCGAGGGAGGGACGGAGGGAGACAUUUGGGAAACUCGGAGAUUCAGGGACAUUGGCCUCUUCGCCCUUUUCCUUGGAUGGAGGAGAGAUCUGGCUUUUGCAUGUCUGCAGGAAAGAGAUCUCCAGUGUCCUUUAAGGAAGUAGCCGUGUCCUUCAGGGUGGAGGAAUGGACCCUGCUGGAUCCCAGCCAAAGAAGACUCUACUGGGAGGUGAUGCAGGAAAACUACGAGACUGUAGCCUCUCUUGGGAUUCACAAUUCCCAGCAGAACUUGGGAGCCCCAGAGUGGUCCACCCUGUCUUUUCUAGGUGUUAACAGAGUGGUUGCUGCUGGAGAAAGAAAAGGAAAUUUGAGGAACUUGGAAUUCAUCAGGGAGGUUUUCUUGUCUGCAGAAAAGGGAUUUCCACAGUUCUUUGAAGAGGUAGUCGUGUUUUUCACAGAAGAGGAAUGGGCUCUGCUGGAUCCAGGCCAAAGAAAACUCUACUGGGAAGUUAUGGAGACACAUUACGAGACUGUGGCCUCUCUUGUUGGAGAUAUCAAAGAGAUGGUGGGUGAGAAGGAUCCAGAAAUAAGGAUUGUGGAAAGAGAUCUUGAAGGAGAAGCAAAAUCUGGGGAUGAAGUGGUGCUAAAGAGGCAGCAUGGAAGAAGUAUACAUCAAAAGGUUCACACAGGGGAGAAGCCGUAUAAAUGCUUGGCUUGUGGAAAGAGAUUUUCUGUCAGCAGCAGCCUAAGAAGGCAUCAAAGGGUUCACACAAGGGAGAAACCAUAUAAAUGCUUAGUGUGUGAAAAGAGGUUUUCAGUAAAGUACAACCUAAGUAUGCAUCAAAGGGUUCACAAAGGGGAGAAGCCAUAUAAAUGCUUGCAGUGUGGGAAGAUAUUCUCUGUGAAAGGCACCCUAAGUAUACAUCAAAGGGUUCACACAGGGGAAAAGCCAUAUAAAUGCUUGCAGUGUGGAAAGAGCUUCUACUCAAAUAGCAAACUAUCUAGACAUCACACGGUUCAUACAGUGGAGAAGCCAUAUAAAUGCUUCAAGUGUGGGAAGAGAUUCUCUCAGAAGAGCACCCUAAAUAUACAUCAAAGUGUUCACACAAGGGAAAAGCCAUAUAAAUGCUUGGAGUGUGGAAAGUGCUUCUCUGCGAAUAACAACCUAACUAGACAUCGAAAGAUUCACACAGGGGAGAAGCCAUAUAAAUGCUUGGAUUGUGGAAAGAGAUUUUCUGUCAACAGCAGCCUAAGAAGGCAUCAAAAGGUUCACACAAGGGAGAAACCAUAUGAAUGCUUAGUGUGUGAAAAGAGGUUUUCAGAAAAGUGCACCCUAAGUAUGCACCACAGGGUUCACACAGGGGAGAAGCCAUAUAAAUGCUUGCAGUGUGGGAAGAUAUUUUCUGUGAAAAGCAGCCUAAGUAUACAUCAAAGGGUUCACACAGGAGAAAAGCCAUAUAAAUGCUUGGAGUGUGGAAGGAGAUUUUCUAAGAACAGCAACCUAAGAAGGCAUCAAAGGUGUCACACAGGGGAGAAACCUUAUAAAUGCUUGGAGUGUGGAAAGAGCUUCUCUAUGAAUACCAACCUAAUUGUACAUGAAAAGGUUCACACAAGGGAGAAACCAUAUAAAUGCUUUGAGUGCGGAAAGAAAUUCUUUUGGAUUACCCACCUAACUGAACAUCAGAGGAUUCACACAGGGGAGAAGCCAUUUAAAUGCUUGGAAUGUGGAAAGAGCUUCUCUACGAAUAGCAACCUAACUGGACAUCAAAAGGUUCACACAGGGGAGAAGCCAUAUAAAUGCUUGCUGUGUGGGAAGGUAUUCUCUGUGAAAAGCAGCCUAAGUAUACAUCAAAGGGUUCACACAGGGGAAAAGCCAUAUAAAUGCCUGGAGUGUGGAAGGAGAUUUUCUAAGAACAGCAACCUAAGAAGGCAUCAAAUUGGUCACACAGGGGAGAAACCUUAUGAAUGCUUCGAGUGUGGAAAGAAAUUCUCUCAGACUACCCGCCUAACUGAACAUCAGAGGAUUCACACAGGGGAGAAGCCAUUUAAAUGCUUGGAAUGUGGAAAGAGCUUCUCUACGAAUAGCAACCUAACUGGACAUGAAAAGGUUCACACAGGGGAGAAGCCAUACAAAUGCUUGGAAUGUGGAAAGAGCUUCUCUACAAAUAGCUCCCUAACUAAACAUCAAAAGGUUCACACAGGGGAGAAGCCAUAUAAAUGUUUAGAGUGUGGAAAGAGUUUCUCUUACAAUAGCAAGCUAACUAGACAUGAAAGAGUUCACACAGGAGAGAAGCCGUAUAAAUGCCUGCAAUGCGGGAAAAGCUUUUCUCAAAAUAGAUAUCUAACUGCACAUCAAAAGGUUCACACAGGGAAGAAGCCAUAUAAAUGCUUGGAGUGUGGAAAGAACUUUUCUUACAAUUGCAACCUAACUAGACAUCAAAGGGUUCACAUAGGGGAGAAACCAUAUAAAUGCUUGCAGUGCGGAAAGAGCUUCUCUCAGAAUAGUUAUCUAACUGCACAUCAAAAGGUUCACACAGGGGAGAAGCCAUAUAAAUGCUUGGAGUGUAGAAAGAGCUUCUCUUGGAAGAGCCAACUAAAUGCACAUCAAAGGGAUCACACAGGGGAGAAGCUGUAUAAAUGUUUGCAGUGUGGAAAGAGCUUUUCUCAGAAUAGUUAUCUAACUGUACAUCAAAAAGUUCACACAGAGUCAAAACCAUAUAAAUGCUCAGAGUGUGGGAAGAGCUUCUCUUGGAAGAGCCAACUAAAUGUACAUCAAAGGGUUCACACAGGGGAGAAGCUGUAUAAAUGCUUGGAGUGUGGAAAGAGUUUCUCUUACAACUGUAACCUAACUAAACAUCAAAGGGUUCACUCAGGGGAGAAGCCGUAUAAAUGCUUGCAGUGUGGUAAGAGCUUCUCUCAGAAUAGUUAUUUAACUGCACAUAAAAAGGUUCACACAGGAGAGAAGCCAUAUAGAUGUUCGGAGUGUGGAAAAAGCUUUUCUUGGCAUAGCACCCUAGCUGAACAUCAGAAGCUUCACACUGGGGAGAAGCCAUAUAAAUGCAUGGAGUGUGGAAAGAGCUUCUAUUCAAAUAGUUAUCUAACUUUACAUCAAAAGGUUCACACAGGGAGGAAGCCAUAUAAAUGCUUGGAGUGUGGAAAGAGCUUCUCUUGGCAUAGAAGCCUAACUGUACAUCAACAGGUUCACGUAGAGGAGAAGCCAUAUAAAUGCUUGGUGUGUGGAAAGGGCUUCUUUAGGAAGAGCAGUAUAACUGAACAUCAGAUGAGUCACACAGGAGAAAAACCACAUAAAUGCUUUGAGUGUGGAAAGAGCUUUACAAGGAAUAGGUACCUAACUCUACAUCAAAGGGUUCACACAGGUGAGAAGCCAUAUAAAUGUUUGGCGUGUGGAGCAAGCUUCUCUUGGAAUAAACAACUAAUUGCACAUAACAGGGUUCACACAGGGGAGAAGCCAUAUAAAUGCUUGAAGUGUGGAAAGAGCUUCUCCCAAAAUGGCAGCCUAACUAUACAUCAAAGGGAUCACACAGGGGAGAAGCCGUAUAAAUGUUUGGAGUGUGAAAAGAGCUUCUCUUGGAAGAGCCAACUAAAUGCACAUCAAAGAGUUCACACAGGAGAGAAGCCAUAUAAAUGCUUGAAAUGUGGAAAGAGUUUUUCUCAAAAUGGCAACCUAACUAUACAUCAAAGGGAUCACACUGGGGAGAAGACAUAUAAAUGCUUGGUUUGUGGAAAAAGCUUCUCUUGGAAGAGCCAAUUGAUUGCACAUCAAGUGGAUCACACAGGGGAGAAGCCAUAUAAGUGCUUGGAGUGUGGAAAGAGCUUCUCUUGGAAGAGCCAACUAAAUGCACAUCAAAGAUUUCACAUGGGAAAAGCUGUAUAAAUUCUUAAGAGUGUGGAAAGAGAUUCUCUCAGAAUAGCCAUCUGAUGGAUUCCAGGACUUUGCUGAGUUGGAACCAGAGCAAAGGCUUCUGAAGAAAAUGUGUUUACCACAGCAGCCUCUCAUUGGCUGGCAGGCGGAGUACCUGUUCUUCAGUUAGUGCUGUUGGAACAGAAAGUCAGUUGGUGGAGAGAAACCAUGAGAGGCAAAUGUAGAGCUGCUCUGUCCUCUUGUUGAAAGCUUUUCUCUUUGUGUGUCAGGGGAAAAAUCAGACAGACAAGGUUGAUCUGAUCUAAGUCUCCUGAAUAAUAGUCUAACACUGAGAACAUACUUGUUACUGAUAUUCUCUGGGGAAUAUACACCGAAGGGAAUAAGCUAGGGGACUUCUGUUUCAGUUAGUAUCUGCUGCAGAGACUGGGAGUAUUUCUUCUGAGAAGGAUCAGGAGGGAAAAUCCUGGUCAGAUUCAGAGUGUGUAGACUCGAGGGAUAGAUCUGGUUAAAGAUUUCCCUGUUUGUGUGACUAGUAAAGUCUACUGGACCUUUUUAUCUGAGGGUAAAAACAAAUAUCUCACAAGAUAGGGUGAGAAAGAAGCUCUGAGAACUACAGCAUAAAUAUUUUCAAAG